AUGGACAGAGAGGUGUCUGAUCCUGAUGCGAUGGAAGCUUUGGACAUCAUCUCUUUGGUAGUCUACGGGGCUACCAUACUGCUGGGGCUGCCCUCCAAUGCCCUGGCUCUCUAUGUCUUCUACUGCCGAGCCAAGGCUCGCCUGACACCCAACCUCAUCUACAUGAUUAACCUCUGCCUCUCUGACUCGGUCUUCAUUCUCUUCUUGCCACUGAAGAUGCUGGAGAUUGGGCGAGUGGAGCUGCCCAUGCCAAGCUUCCUCUGUCCUCUUUACAAUCUCAUUCACUUUGGCACCAUCUACACCAGCACCUGCUUUCUGACUGCUGUUGGCGUGGGGCGUUACCUGGGCGCUGUUUAUCCCAUCCACUACCAGGUUUACAAGAAGCCUUGUUACUCCUGCCUGGUCUCCUUGGGCAUAUGGUGCCUGGUGGGAUCUCACGGGCUUCUCAUCUUUGCCCUUGAGACUGCCAGAGACGCCAACUCCACCCUGUUUGCGGGCAACGACACCUCUUGCUACAGAGAAUUCAGCCGAGACCAAAUGGGCUUGUUGGCACCGGUGCGGCUGGAGCUGUCCGUGGUCCUUUUCUUCCUGCCCUUGGCCAUCACCUCUUUCUGCUACGUUGGCUGCAUCCGUGUCUUGGUUGGCUGUCACCUUCACAAACGGAAGAAGCGGCGUGCAGUGAGGGUAGCGGUGGCCACUCUCAUGGUCUUCAUCCUCUGCUUUGGGCCUUACAACAUAUCCCAUGUCGUGGGCUUCAUCCAAAGGGAGAAUAUUAAGUGGCGCAAUGGGGCUGUGCUCCCCAGUGCAUGCAACGCUUUUCUGGACCCCCUCAUCUUCUAUUUCCUCUCCUCUGCCAUGGAUGAUGGGAUUGCUCAAGUGUGGCUUUCAUUGAGACAGAAAUGCACCUCCAUCCGGCUGAAGAUCACCUUAGCCCAUGGCAAAGCAAAGAGUCAGCUGCCAGACUCCGGUGUGGCCUGA